AGCAUUUCUGGCAUUAACUGCAGCAUCCGCGCCUCUGAUAGCAGCAUCAAUCCACCAGCACUGACUGGCGGAAUACUGAUGGUCUUGUUCUGAGUUAGGGAGGAAGCCAGUCCGGUGUGGGUGUGAGGCUGUCAUCUCGCUGCAAUUUAAGAAAAAAAUACUUCCCAGCACUGCCCACUGUCUAGUGUCUAGCUCCAAACUUGAUCAUGCAUAUGAUUUAUAUGAGAGUUCACAAAUGCAUUGCGUAUUUGAAGUUGGAGUUUGGUGGAUGUAAACGUAUUCUUAGCCUGGUGAUUUGUGGUCAGUAUUGCCCAUCAUCUUAAACGCGCAAUUUCAGUUGCUGAGGAGCGCGCGCCGAGGAUCAUCAGGGUGGAUAUUCGUUCCCUCUUGUGAGAUAUCAGUGAAUUGGCUGUACUGGGGAGUCUCUGAGAUGUGUAUAGAGCCAGAGCGCAAAGAGAGGAGUCGAUGAUUGCUGUGGAUGAAAACUGGCAGAUGUAGCUUGUUGAACAAACGGCUCUCGAGAUGCGAUGAGAAGUCGGGACACGAAGCAUUUGGAACUAUAAGAAUACUAUAGCGUAUGCUAUGACAUUUUGCAUUUGAUUGAAGAGUCACAGAUCAAGGAAGGAUGUGUUCGUGGUGAACAAGGCUUUAACGCAUCUAUGUGGUCUUUAUAGGCUACUUCUAUGAGGAGACCUGCUGAAUUUCCCAUCUGACGCGCAGUAGUAGUUCCUACAUCAAACAUACAGUAGCCGAUGAAAAUCGAUAGAAGAAUCUAUCCGAAGACAAAGAUAAACCUGGCGACUUUAUCAUUAUUCGCCUCAUCCACCUGACGAAUUCAUAUGCUAGCAUCUCCGAGAUCCAAUCCAACGACAAUCAAUACGGAGGCAAAGAGAAAUAAGAAUAUUGAAAUCCGCACUGGGUUGUGAGUUGAAAUCUAAUCAGAUCCCUGGGGGGUUGCAGAGUAGCAAGGAACUGAAGAGGGAGAAAAAAGUUCUAGCUAAAAGUGUGACAACGGAAUGACAACCAUCAGCCACUUCAUGUUUGCUCAAUAUGUGGAUGAGCCGUAGAUUAUGACGAGGUUUCAGGAUGUUAUCAAUCUGCGGGUCCACGGCUGCGUGAGACUGUGUCGUUAGUAGUCUGGCUCUGAAGAGGUUGGUUGGUUGUUUUAUUGAAAAUUAAAACAUGAAGGAUGGAUCUGGGAAGAGUUCAGAUUUCUCCUAAAUUCCUAACUGAUAAACGAAAUGUCACCGGACUGUGACACAUAUAGCAUUUUUGCCUUGUUAUCACUCUGCAUUUAACCAUUAGUUUCAACGGUGGCACUUGUGGGUGCCUUCGUAUAUUUGCGUCUUGAAACAUUUGAAUGGGGGAUGGAUAAAUUGACUCUAUCGUCGUUCUGCAAGUCCUAACACCUAACCGAUUGAUUCUAAUUGAUGGAUUAAACGCUACAUCGUUUACAAUGUGGGGACCGGAUAAACUGUGUGAAAGUAUCAUCACGGAGUCUAGGUUUCAGGAUGCUUGAGAAUUUCGGAUGUAGCCUAUUUUCGAUGCAGUUUUCGAGGGCAAGGAGCUGAAGAGGGAACUGUCGUUUUUUGAAUCAGAUCUGCUAACAUCAGCAUCUUUGGUGACAAGGUGAGCCAGCAGCCGAAAACAAGCAAACUUGAGGAUGGGGAGAAACCAGAGGGAUUGCGAAUGAGUUGGCAGCCAACUCCAACACCGCCUCUUCCCGAAAAGUGGACGACCCAGCCAAUGAAUUAUGAAUGUUGAACAAGAUGACCUCUUCUCGGCAGCAGCAGACGAUGAGAGGUCCUAGGUGGAACCGGGCCCUGUCCGACCCUUUGUUUGUGCUGCUUCUAGCCCUCCAGCUCCUGGCGGUGGCAGGCCUGGUGCGCGCUCAGACCUGCCCCUCUGUCUGCUCCUGCAGCAACCAGUUCAGCAAGGUCAUCUGCACGCGGCGGGGGCUCCGUGAGGUCCCCGACGGCAUAUCCACCAACACACGCUACCUGAACCUGCAGGAGAACCUCAUCCAGGUGAUCAAGGUGGACAGCUUCAAGCACCUGCGGCACCUGGAGAUCCUGCAGCUGAGCAAGAACCACAUCCGAAACAUUGAGAUUGGGGCCUUCAACGGCCUGGCUAGUCUCAACACUCUGGAGCUGUUUGACAACCGCCUCACCACAAUCCCCAAUGGGGCCUUUGAGUACCUCUCCAAGCUCAAGGAGCUGUGGCUGAGGAACAACCCCAUCGAGAGCAUUCCCUCGUAUGCGUUCAACAGGGUGCCCUCACUACGGCGGCUGGAUUUAGGGGAACUCAAACGCCUCUCGUAUAUCUCAGAGGGGGCUUUCGAGGGCCUCGGCAACCUGCGCUACCUGAACCUGGGCAUGUGCAAUCUGAAGGAGAUCCCCAACCUCAUCCCACUGGUCAAGCUGGACGAGCUAGAGAUGUCAGGGAACCAGCUGACGGUCAUCAGACCUGGCUCCUUCAAAGGGUUGAUCCAUCUGCAGAAGCUGUGGAUGAUGCAUGCCCAGAUCAAAACCAUUGAAAGGAACUCCUUUGACGACCUGCAGUCGCUGGUGGAGCUCAACCUGGCCCACAACAACCUCACCCUGCUGCCCCAUGAUCUCUUCACCCCCCUGCACCACCUGGAGAGAGUCCACCUCCAUCACAACCCCUGGAACUGCAACUGUGACAUCCUGUGGCUCAGCUGGUGGCUCAAAGAGAUGGUGCCGGCCAACACCAGCUGCUGUGCCCGCUGCAGUUCCCCAGCCAGCCACAAGGGACGCUACAUAGGUGAGCUGGACCAGAACUAUUUCCACUGUUACGCACCUGUUAUUGUGGAGCCACCAGCGGACCUGAACGUGACAGAGGGUAUGGCUGCAGAGCUGAAGUGCAGGGCCAGCUCUCUGACCUCAGUCAGUUGGAUUACGCCCAAUGGCUCCAUCAUGACCCACGGUGCAUACAAGAUCCGCAUUUCUGUGCUCAACGACGGCACGCUCAACUUCACCAAUGUCACCAUGCAAGACACGGGAACCUACACCUGCAUGGUAAGCAACUCAGCAGGCAAUACCACAGCAUCUGCCACUCUCAACGUGUCUUCCACAGAGAACGUCCUCAGCUACUUUACCACAGUAACAGUGGAGACCAUCGAGCCAGUGCACGACGAGGGGCGCUCCACCGUGUGGCAGAAGGUAGGCCCCACCCCCUCCGCCGGAUCCUGGGAGACUGUGUCGUCCACCUCCACCACCACCACAACGGCCCGGACGCCCCUCUCCACCCGGGCCACAGAGAAGACCUUUACCAUCCCUGUCACGGACCUGAGCGACAGCUCCAUGACCGGCCUGGAUGAGGUGAUGAAGACCACCAAAAUCAUCAUCGGCUGCUUCGUGGCCAUCACCCUCAUGGCCGCCGUUAUGCUAAUCAUCUUCUACAAGAUGAGGAAGCAGCACCACCAGCAGAACCACCAUGCGCCACAGCGCACCAUUGAGAUCAUCAAUGUAGACGAGGACUGUGUGACAGGCGGGCCGGCCAUGGAGGGCCACCUGAAUCUGCCCCCGCUGGAGCAUGAGCACCUGAACCACUACAACACCUAUAAGUCUGCGUACAACCACGUCUCCACUAUCAACUCCAUACACAGCUCGGCGCACGAACCUUUGUUAAUCCGGGCCAGUUCGAAAGACAAUGUACAAGAGACUCAGAUCUAACAAUUUUUUCAUAAAGAGACGAACUGAUGAAAUUACAAAAGGGACAUUAUUGGAUAUUAGUUAUGAGGAUUAUGGAUAUGAAGUGGAGGACUUGACUGACUGUUUGUCCAGCGAAUCAGUGGUUGAUGAUGUUUAUUCAAUGACAUUGGGAACUAGGGUAUGUCUAAUGUUUCAAAAAAUGUCUUUACAAAAAAGAAGUUAUUUAUUUAAGAAAAAAUCUAUUGUGGCUAAAUCAAGAAAAAAGUGUAUUCUGCAAUUAUUUUUUCAGACCUUAUUUCAUCAGAUGUUUAGUUUUCUUAAUUUGAGGGAGGAUGGUUUACUAAUAUGCUUACAAACUCUAUGUGAAUCUCAAGUUAACCAUGUUCUGGUUUCCCCCAAUCUGUAAGUGAUGGCAAGUUGGCAACCUCUUUUUACCCAAUAUACUUAGAUAAUUUCUAGAUCACAUUAGAGAUUUCCUCCUGCCACAAAUUAAUUGAUUAAAUAUUUUGUGAAAAUCUGUUAAUUUAGAUGGAUUAAAAGCUUGGUUGUUAUCUGAAGGUGAAUGCUGGGACUGUCAGUGAUGAAAUCUGAUAACACAAUAUUUCAUUAAAUCUGCCACUCAAAUUAGAUACAGAUGUACCCUUGGCUCUGCCAUCAAUAGAUUAGGGACGUUAAACGAGGGAAGUGUGAUCCAAACUAUACCAUGGCCAACUGUUAGCAACAAGUGAUUCAUAGUUAUCUCACUGUGUGUAUUACGCCAGAAAAUCACAUUUCACACAGUGUUUGUCUCAUUGUCUCAUACCAUACCAUUGUCUCAUACCAUUUGUGAUUCCUUCUCCUAUUCCACUUGCUCUGAUCCAUCAUAACUUUGUGAGUCAUGGAGAUCGCAUUGGCAAAUACAGUCAGGCAUAUGAGAGCUCCCUGAAUGUCAUACCGCCUUUUCCCAUCCCACACCAGCUGUUAUGAUGGUUUACCAUAUCAUCACAGAUAUGGGUGCUAUUCCAGAUCAUUUUAUCUGCAGUCUCAUUGCAAAUCUCUGAAAAUUGCUAUAUGAUAUUAAUGUGGUUCCUGACACAAAUACUUUUCCAAAUACUGAUACCAGAUACUGAUUUGUGUGACUUGAUUUUAAAAAAGAGCCCUGGAACACCACCAAGGAUACUGAUGACUCUCCUGUGUUAACUCUCUAUGACCCCUGACUUGAACCAGGGCAGCAAGGAGCAGACUGGUGAGUGGGAACGGGGCUAAGGACACCGAACAUAGCUGUCCUAGCACAUUGCCUAUCUAUUGUCUGUUCAAACAUUGGGCACAUAGGCACGACAGGCCCAGAUUCACACCGUGCCCCUGCCAAGCUCAGGACGAGGGAUAGAGGACAGAGUGCCAUGGUUCAUGCAGAGAGAGAGAGAGAGAGAGAGAGAGAGGGUUUAGGGAUGAGGUGUGUGGCUUCGAGCAGACGUUCAGGUCACACCUGCAUCCCUCUGCCUCAACCAUGACACCAUUUCUCUUUUAAUCGACAUACCCUCAGGGCUUUGGGUGGACAGUGCUUCACAGGCACCUGCUCCCUGGAAAAACAUAAAAAAUGCCCCACAGUAAAAAAUGGUGCCAUAAAUAAAGAGGCCAAGCAAAUACCCUUCACAUCCAAGGCUUAGCCACAUACCCCAG